AGGGAGAGGGGUGGGUGGAAGCAAAAAAAAAAAAAAAAAGCAGCCCGGCAGCGGAGGUGACACGUAAGUGCGGGGUUUGAAUGGUGUCAAAAAAAAUAAAAAGCGAAGGCGGAGAAACGGAGAAGAAAAGCUUCCUCUUUGGGGCAGUUUGGCAACAACAACACACACACACACACACAUACAAAAGUAACUUUAACGGGGAAAGGCGCUAUUUCGAGAGUCCGGUUGCCUUGGUGGAAGAGACUCUCGCCUUCCUCCCUGCCAAAGAGAGAGGGGCGCUGGGCAGAAGAGCCCCCUCCGGUGCCGGGCUGAUGCUUCACCUUGAGAUCCGGCAGAGGAAUUGACGGAAGCGAGGACGAGCCUGCCUGCAGAUGUCCCGUUUCUUCUGAACUUGCCUCUCGCUGGGGACGAUGCCUUCCUUUCGGAUGCCCGGUGGAACCGGCCUCUUGUGAACCGACCCUCCCUCCCUCCCCUUCCCUUCCGUUGCAGGCAACGCCUGAUCUCGGUCCCCUGGGAACCUGCAGCUCUUGCAAAGCUGGCUUGCUAUGACCUUGAAUCCCUGGCAAGGGUUGCAAUAAGCUGGUUAAAGUUUGCACCGGGGCCUAUGGCAGCAGCCCUGCCAGAACCUCCUCGUCCCUGAGGUCUCUCCCCUUGGUUCAUCUUCUGAUCCUGAUGCUGCUGAAGUCCUAGGUGGACAUCGACUUGGAUUCCCACCUCCAAGGUAGGGACUAUGGGAAACGGGAUGUGUUCCCGAAAACAGAAGCGGAUCCUGCAGUCUCUCUUGCUCCUCACCGUGGUGUUCAGCUUCAUCUAUGGGGUGAUGCUUUACUAUGAGUUGCAGAGCCAGCUGAGGAAGGCUGAAGCUGUGGCCCUCAAGUACCAACAGCAUCAAGAGUCCCUAUCCGCACAGUUGCAAGUGGUGUAUGAACAUCGAUCAAGACUAGAAAAAUCUUUACAGAAAGAAAGGCUUGAACAUAAGAAAGCAAAAGAAGACUUCCUUGUUUAUAAAUUAGAAGCACAAGAAACAUUAAAUAAAGGAAGGCAAGAUUCCAAUAGCAGAUAUAGUGCACUGAACGUACAACAUCAGAUGCUGAAGAGCCAGCAUGAAGAACUAAAGAAACAGCACUCAGAUCUGGAAGACGAGCACAAGAGACAGGGAGAUGAUUUCAACCGAGCAGUUGAUGACCACAAGCAGAAAUACGUGCAGUUACAGCAAGAAAAGGAGCAGGCGCUGUCCAAGUUAAAAGAAUCCAUGUACAAUCUGCAAGAAGAAAACAGACAGUUGAGGAGAUCCCACCAGGAUAUUCAUACUCAGCUGCAAGAUGUGAAGUUUCAGCAUAAGAAUUUAAUCUCCCAACACAACCAGCUUGUAAUGACACUGGAAGAACACAAGAGCGCACUAAAAGCUGCGCAGUCUCAGGUGGAAGAAUACAGGCAGUUGAAGGACACCUUAAAAAAGAUGCCCAGUUUCCAGAAACCUGAAAAAUUUGAGUCGCCACAUGGUUUGCCUGUGACACCUGUGCCUUCUCCUCUGAGUGAUUCCAAAACACAGGGCACAGAUGCCGCUAAAGAGCAGAAAGAGAUUAUGCAAAAUGGUGAGCAGCCACAAGGAGGAGAAGAAGCCAUUAAAGCAAACCCUGGGGAAGGAAGAGAACAAACAGCAGAACUUUUUCAUCCUGACAGAAAAGUGGUAGAAGGUCACGGGCCACGGGAAUUAAAUAUCCAGGAGAAGCAAGAAGCAGGAGAAGAUGAGGAACAACAUGCAGAGCAAGAUGAAGAAGAGCAGAAAAAAGAAUUGGAAGAAGAAGAAAUGGAGCAAGCUGGGCAACCAGAACACUUAACAGAUGAUCUUGAUCAAGUCCCAGAAGAGCAUGGAUGGAAGGACAAAAUACAGACUGAUGAGGAAACCAACAUGGUUGGAGAACACAGCCAUUCACAGGAGCCGCCCACAGCGAAGGUUGUAACUAGGUACAAAUCAGCUUACGAGCAGCAGCUGGAGCAACAGAAGCUGGCUGCCCAGAGAGAAGAAGAAGCCAGCCGCCUAAGAGACCAUCAGGAGGCUCUGCAUCACGAGAGGCUUCAGGAGCAGUUGCACCGGCAUCAGCAACUUCAAGAGAGAGAGCUGAUGCUGCGGAGACAAGCCGAACAGGACGAAGAACAAUUUAAGCAACAACUCAGCCAGCAAUCCCAUUAUGACAAUGUAGAUCAGGAUAUCGUGCAAGGCGGAGAAGGAGAUGCACAUGAAGAAGAUGAAAAUUAUGAGAGACAUAACCAGCAUCCAAGAAGAGUAGAAGAUGAUCAGAAUAAUGCACAUGAUCAACAGGACCCAGAGCUGGAGCACCAGUCAGAGAAUGAGCAAAAUGAAGAGCCAAAGACAGUCAUGGAUGAUAUCAACCCAGCUGAUGAUCCCAACAACCAGGGAGAAGAUGAAUUUGAAGAAGCAGAGCAAGAGAGGGAAGAGAAUCUCCCUGAAGAGAAUCAGGAGCUAAAACCAAAUAACCAGAAACAAGUGAAUUCUGAAAUGGAAGACCAUUUGGUGGUGGUGGGCAAUCCAGCUCAGCAGGAAGACAAUGUGGAUGAGCAGUACCAGGAAGAGGGAGAAGAAGAGGCCCAAGGAGAUCUACCUGAAGAGAAGAAAAGAGGGCUGGAACACAAUGGUGAAGAUCCAUAUGGUGAAAAUGAUGAAAAUGCUGAAGAAAAGAUAAGCGAAGGAGUUGAUCAGGAGGAAGACAUUCAGGAAGGGAAGCAACAGAAAGAAGGACAUGAUGAAAACUAUGAAGAAGAGGAAGAGGAAGAAGAGGAAGAAGGUGCUCCUGUUGCAGAUAAAAGCCGCAGACGAGGGGAAAUGUAAUUCUGGGAUUGUUUUCCUGACAUUACGCGGAAAAAAAAGGGACGAGGGCAAGAGCAAAACUGUGUAGAUUCUAGAGAAAAAAAAAGAUGAGCCUUUAAACAAAUGAAUAUAUUAUAUUUUUUUUAUUGGAUUUUUUUGUGCAUUUAUAUGAACACAGUAUUUUUAGGUUGCAUUCUUAAUAUAAGUUUUAUGGGACAAAAAUAGUAUAGGAAAAGUAUUCUUUUUUCUUUUUUUCUUAAUUUUUUAAUGAUUUUUUUUAAAAAAAAGAGUACCUGUUUUUGUUUGGCAUUGCCCAAAUAGUGAGAAGCCAAGGUAUUCUUUAAGCCAACGAUAAAACUAGUGCCUGAGCUUGAAGCUUGAGGAAGGGCUGACUGCUCCCAAAUCUCAAUUUGUUCACUUCUAUGAGCCUGCUGGUUGCUGACUUGCCCUGUGAUCAUUUUGGUUAGAAUCAGAGGUCGUAUUCAGCCGGUUUGUACGAACCAUUGGUGGAAAUUUGGCCAAGGUCACUGAACUGGUAGCGAUGGCUAGCUGGCCACGCUCCCAAACCAGUCGACCGGUCGCCGCUCACUCACCCCACCCGCCAUGAUCAUUGCUGCCAUGUUCUUCGCACACACGCAUCCCAUUGC